AUGAAGGGCAGUUCUAGGCUAUAUCCUUCAGUACCUUCAUUUGAAAAUUACAUAAUUCAGGAUCCCAAAGCUUUCUACAUAUUGACUGGAAUUGGUUUUUUCCCUGGAAUUGGUUUCGAUCAUGGCUUCAAUGACAGCAAGGAGCCCUUGCCACUUGAGGUUGAGUAUUACUUGUGCUUCAGUUGUUUUCAGAGGAAUUAUUUAUUCUUGAGGCUAAUACUCCAUGAAGAUGACUUUCAAGGCUGGAGCACAUCCUAUCUUUAUCCUCCUAAUCUAAGCCAAGAAUCCCGGGACUAUGGACUUUCUGAUGGGAGAUCCCCUGGAUACAACAAAGAAGGCUUCCUGGCCAUACAGCAUGCAAUAGAUAAAGCCAUCAUGUGGCACCAUGCUCCCAAUGAGACGACCAAGUUGUUUGAGAGUCUCAGUGUGCUUCUGAAGAGAUUCCCACAUGGAGCCUAUGUCCAGCACAGUUUCUUCCUGCUCCUUCAGAAUGAGUUCCCUCUUUUCCUCAUGCUCAGCUUCAUCUGCAUUGAGCUCACCACCAUCAAUUCCAUUGCACUGGAGAAAGAGAGAAAACUGAAGGAGUUUAUGUGUAUGAUGGGGCUGCACAACUGGCAACACUGGGUUGCUUGGUUCACCAUGUUCUCCAUUUCUGCCUUCAUUGUUGUUUCUUUCAUGACCAUUCUCUUCUGCACAAAGAUACACGAUGUAGCAGUGUUCAAAAACAGUGACCCUAGUUUGAUAUUUGUGUUUCUAAUGUAUUUUGCAAUUGCCACAAUUUUCUUUGCAUUCAUGAUCAGCACAUUCUUCCAAAAAGCUCAUGUUGCAACUGCCUCCAGAGGCAUCAUCUUCUUCUUCACCUACCUCCCAUACCUGUACCUCGCUUUCAGCUACAACCAAAGGAGUCACUUCCAAAAGAUUGCAUUUUGUCUCCUCUCCAAUGUUGCCAUGGCACUGGGAGUCCGAUUAAUCUCCACAUAUGAGACAAAAGGCACAGGCAUCCAAUUGAGGAACAUGGGCAGUAUAGGAGGAGGGUUUAACUUCACUCAGGUGCUGCUGAUGCUACUGCUGGACUCUCUCUUAUAUGGCUUGGUGGCCUGGUAUGUGGAGUCUGUCUUCCCAGAGGUGUAUGGUACACCCAAACCUUGGUACUUCUUUCUCAUGGUGAAACCUAUAUCCCUUACGAAUUCAGUGCUGGAGUUGGGGGGUCCUCAGAAAGCUCUGAAAAGCAAGUUCAUUCAGGAAGAGCCUACCGAUUUGAUAAAAAUAAUUGAAAUCCAACAUCUAUACAAGGUGUUCUACAAGGGAAGGGAUGAACACAUGGCAGUCAAAGAUCUGACCAUAAACGUGUGAGGGCAGAUCACUGUUCUCCUGGGGCACAAUGGAGCAGGCAAAACCACCACCUGCGACAUGCUCACAGGAAUAAAACUGUUCUUCCAUCCCAGGUUUGAAUCUCUAUUUACUGACUUGGAACUGAGGCAGGAAGAGCUGGGCAUUGCCAGCUUUGGUACCUCUGUCACCACUAUGGAAGAAUUCUUCAUUCGGGUUAGUAAGUUGGUAGAUUCCAGUAUAGAUAUGCAAAUCAUCAAGCUUCCCUCCUUCCAUUCUCACCUGCUGGUUAGCAGAGUUCCUGUUAAUAGAAUUAAACGUCUUCAUUCAAGGAUUUUCUCAAUAUGGUCCAGCCUACCAAUCCAACCAAACACUGGGUUCAGCCUUCUCUGCCAACAGUUCUAUGCCAUGUUCUUGAAAAGGGCUACAUAUUCUUGGUGCAACUCGAUGAUGAUGCUGUCAAUACAGAUCCUGGUACCUCUGGUGAUCCUUAUGGUCAGCCUCUCAUUCCUCAACUUCAGUACUAGCAUGGAAAAUGUCCCAUUGGAGUUGACCCUAAAAACAUAUGGUCAAACUGUUGUUCCAUUCUUUAUUUCUCUGAAUUCCAGGCUGGGUCCUCAGCUUUCAGAACAUUUAACAGAUAUGCUCAUGGCUGAGGAACAGAUUCCUCUGCAGCUCAUGGGGAACGUAGAGCCAUUCCUCCUGAAAAAGUUAGAGGAGGAGCCCGAGGUCUUUAUUCAGAACUACCUGGUGGCAGCUUCCUUUGAAGACAUGGGGAACCACACCAUAGUGACAGUGCUGUUCAACAACCAGGCAUACCAUUCCACUGCCCUGGCGCUGGCACUGGUGGACAAUGUCCUCUUCAAGUUGCUUUCUGGUGCCAGGGCUUCAAUAAUGGUAUUCAACCACCCUCAACCUCAGUCAAACAAGGAGGCCUCGGAGAAUAUCUUGUACGAGGGACCUAAAGAACAUAAUCUUGUUAUCAACUUACUUUUUGGAAUGGCUUUCCUGUCUAGUUCUUUCUCCAUCUUGACAGUCAAAGAGAGAUGCAUCAUGACCAAGCAGGUCCAGUUGAUCAGUGGCAUUUACGUGGCUACUUUCUGGCUCUCCGCUCUGCUGUGGGACCUCAUCUCCUUCCUCAUCCCCACUCUGCUGCUGCUGGUGGUGUUUUUGUACUAUGAUGAAGAAGCUUUUACACACCCGGAAAACAUCCCUGCUGUUGUCUUGAUGCUAAUGCUCUAUGCCUGGGCGAGCAUCCCCUUCAUCUACCUGACGAGCUUCUGCUUUGACAAUGCGGGUAGCGCCUGUGUUAAGCUCAUCAUCACGCUCACCUUUUUGAGCAUCAGCCCCCUUGUUCUCAUCUCAGUCACAAGUGAAAAAGAUCUAGGCUACACAAAAGUCUCAGAGUCUUUGGAUCACACAUUCCUACCUCUUCCAGGCCACUGCCUGGGGAUGGCUUUCUCCAACUUAUAUUACAACUUUGAACUACAGAAGUUUUGCAAUGCCAAGAGCCUGAACCAGACUGAGUGCAAUCAAGUUUCAGAGGGAUAUGUGGUCCAAAAGAACAUCUAUGCCUGGGAGUCUCUAGGGAUGGGGAAGUAUCUGACAGCCCUUGCCAUCUCAGGACCUGUGUACCUCAUCCUGCUUUUCCUCAUUGAAACCAAUGUCUUGUGGGAACUGAAAGCCAAGUUUUCUGGCUUCAACAGGAAGCAAAAAUUGCAGGUAGUUUUGCACAGUGUGGAGUCCAUGCCUGGAGACCAAGAUGUGGAAGAAGAAGAGAAAAUGAUCGAGACCUUUUUGGAAAAUUUUUGUAAGAAAAACUCGCUGGUUCUUAAAGGAGUGUCUAAGGUCUAUGCCAAGAAGGUACCCCCACUGGCUGUGAACAAGGUUUCCUUCACUCUUCAAGCAGAAGAAAGCUUUGGCUUUCUUGGCCUCAGUGGAGCUGGGAAAACUUCCAUUUUCAAAAUGCUGACUGGGGAAGAGCCUAUCACCUCUGGGGAUGCCUUUGUCAACAGCCUCAGCAUCAGGUCUGACUUGGGGAAGGUGCGGCAGUGGAUCGGCUACUGUCCCCAGUUUGAUGCCUUGCUGGACCACAUGACGGGCAAGGACGUGGUCAUGUACGCCCAGCUCCGGGGCAUCCCCAAGCGCCACAUCAGUGCCUGUGUGGACCAAAUUCUUGAUGAUUUACUCAUGUACACGUAUGCUGACAACCUGGUAAAGACCUACAGCAGUGGCAACAAGCGGAAGCUGAGCGCCGGCAUUGCCCUGCUUGGAGAGCCCAUGGUCAUCUUCCUGGACGAGCCGUCCACUGGCAUGGACCCCGUGGCCCGGAGCCUGCUCUGGGGCACUGUCGCGAGGGCCCGCAAGUCUGGCAAGGCCAUUGUCAUCACCUCCCACAGCAUGGAGGACUGUGAGGCCUUGUGCACCCGGCUGGCCAUCAUGGUACAGCGUCAGUUCAAGUGCCUCGGCAGCCCACAGCACCUCAAGAGCAAGUUUGGCAGUGGCUACUCCCUACGGGCCAAGAUCUGGAACGGACAGCAGCAGGAGGCCCUGGAUGAGUUCAAGGCAUUCGUGGACCUGACCUUCCCAGGCAGCGUCCUGGAAGAUGAGCACCAAGGGAUGGUCCAUUACCACCUUCCUGGCAAUGACCUCAGCUGGGCGAAGGUGUUUGGCAUUUUGGAGCAAGCCAAGAAAAAGUACAUGUUGGAAGACUACUCAGUCAACCAGAUCUCUCUGGAGGACAUCUUCCUGAGCUUCACCUGCCCUGUGCCCCCCAACCAAGGGGAAAACAAACAAGUGAAGGCAGAACCAGCAGGCCCCUUGUUACCCUUUCCACCUCCCUCUCCACCUUCUUCCCAGCCUCCCUCCCAACCUCCCUCCCAGCCUCCCUCUCCACCUCUCACUCCAUCUUCCUCCCAGCCUUUCUCCCAGCUUUCCUUCCAGCCUCCCUCCUGGCCUCCCACUCCAUCUCCCUUCAGGUAG